AUGUGUAAAACCCUAGUAACAGAUUAGAGUGUUAGCGUUGUAUCGUUCAUUGGCACGCCUAGUUCGGUGUAGGGAGUGGUGAAGGUGCGGAAUCGAAUCUCCGAACAUGGCGGCGAGCGAUCGCACAGUGUUGCAGUUCUCUUCUUCUUCCUCUUCCUCUUCCGCGAGCUUGUCGGCGAAGGUCCACCCUCUCGUUGUCUUCAACAUCUGCGAUUGUUACGUUCGACGCCCUGACCAAGCCGACCGCGUCAUCGGAACCCUACUUGGCUCCGUCCUCCCCGAUGGAACCGUCGAUAUCCGCAAUUCCUAUGCCGUUCCUCACAACGAGAGCAUCGAGCAGGUUGCUUUGGAUAUAGAGUACCAGCACAAUAUGUUAUUAUCCCACCAAAAAGUGAAUCCAAAGGAAAUCAUAGUUGGAUGGUAUUCAACUGGUCUUGGAGUAACUGGUGGUAGCGCAUUGAUCCAUGAAUUUUAUUCUCGAGAAGUACAAAAUCCCAUACACUUGACAGUUGAUACAGGAUUUACAAAUGGAGCGGGUACCAUUAAAGCAUAUGUGUCCAACAAUUUAUCUCUUGGAGAGCGGCAAAUUGCUGCACAGUUUCAAGAAAUUCCAUUAGAUCUUCGUAUGGUGGAAGCUGAGCGGAUUGGAUUUGAUAUGCUGAAGGCAACCGCUGUUGACAAAAUUCCCUCAGAUUUAGAAGGGAUGGAAGCAUCAAUGCAGCAUCUACUAGUAUUGAUUGAUGACAUCUACAAAUAUGUUGAUGAUGUUGUGGAAGGGCGAGUUCCACCAGACAACAAAAUCGGUAAACAUAUAUCAGAUGCCGUAGGUUCCCUUCCCAAAGUGUCCCCAUCAGUUUUUGAUAAGCUUGUCAAUGACAGCUUGCAGGAUCACUUGCUUUUGCUAUACUUAUCUAGCAUCACAAGAACGCAGCUUAGCUUGGCCGAAAAAUUGAACACGGCUGCUCAGAUUCUGUGAUUCUUCCCUCUUUUUGUAGGCGAAGACAAUUUUCUGAUAGAAGUUUACUUUAUUGUUCUAUUAUCCAGAAACGGGGAAUGUCUGCUUUAUACUUCACUUUUACUUUGCUUUAUUGUAUUUUUUAUCUUUUCUAUUUUGUACUUGGCUUUGCAUAGGUAAGUUUAUUUGGAUAUUGUCCUAGGUUGCAGGGUAGUGUUUACUUGUCAAUUUUCAUGUAAUCUGUAUUUGAAAGAAAAUGAGCGAAAGUUUUCCUUCCAUUACCUAUUUUGCGA